AUUAUUGUUUAGUUUCAUGCAACUUAUCGGCCGUUUCUUGUUGCCAUAAGUAAAAAUACGUGCCUAUGAAACAUUCCGUAACCUCAAAUGAAGAACCAUCAAUCCAUCGCCGAAAACUUACAUCUAAGGGGCACGGAUACGCGGCGGGCAUCGCCAGCGCCGUCACGACUACGAUGACCUAUCCCCUAGACCUCAUAAGAACCAGGUUUCAAGUUCAGGGUAAAAAGAGUAUUCACUUAAGAUAUAAGAGCACAAUUCACGCUUUCAAAAACAUCGUGCAAAGGCAGGGUAUCAGAGGCCUUUAUGAGGGCAUAGUUCCAGCUCUGAUUGGUGCAUCUAUGUCUUGGUCUCUAUACCUGUAUGGUUACACAAACUUAAAAAAUCGAGCAGAGAAAAGCGGUCACACAGGCACCACCUCCACCCUAAUAAUUGGAACGAUCGUUGGCGCCGUUCUGGCACCAAUCACCAAUCCGAUAUGGGUAGUCAAAACCAGACUACAGCUUCAAUAUGUCAAUUGCGUGCCUCCAGGAACGGCCAAACACUACAAUGGGAUGAUCGACGCUUUUAGAAAGAUUUGGGCAGAAGAGGGUUUCAGCGCGUUCUACAAAGGCCUCGUACCAUCCAUCAUAUCGAGCUAUCACGGCGCCGUGCAGAUAUCCACUUAUGAUGCUAUAUCUAGAUGUUUAGUCGCUGGCAACCCAGAUAGAUCCAUUCGCGGCUGGGAGGCAUUCUUCGCUGGCGGUUUCUCGAAAAUCCUGGCUACCAUCUCCACUCAGCCCCUAUCUGUCAUCAAAGCGAGGUUACGGGAACAAAACGUCCAUGUGGUUUCGAGUGACCACUACAGCGGCUUUUUCGACGCUGUCGUUAAAACUUAUAAACACGAGAAAUUAAUCGGAUUUGCUGGUGGAUUCUCACAGGCCAUUCAACGCAUGGCGUUUAAUUCAGCCCUGUUUUUCUACCUGGUAGAAACGCUGAGAAACAUCUUUCGAAACUUUGAUCUAAUGUGCGAGCCGGCAGACUAGAGACCAUUUCAGAAACAAUGUGUCAUCCAUGGCGGUAAAUCAAUUCGGUCGGCGACCCCUGAAACCGAAAAUCGGUACGAAGUGCUGUUCGAUAAAUGGCGGUCUGGUCUUUCGACUCCGCCUUCUCUGACUCGUCUGACUUGACGUAUCUGCUUCUCGCAAUAUGCUGCCACACCUUGUUGUCACUCUAAAUAGUUACUAUAUAAAACAACGCGUAACGCCUUUCAU